AUGGGGACACUGGGUAAAGGACUGUCCAAAGCGACCCAGGGGGCCGAAGAAGCCCAGGCCCCCGACCUCCCUUCUGACCCUGGAGGAUUAGGACAGUCGAGUUUCCGAUCGGCCUGGGUCCAAGGAGCUACAGGUGGUAAGAGAUACCAAUGGACGACGGAUCGAAAAGUACAGCUGGCUACUGGUAAGGUGACACAUUCUUUUCUGCAUGUCCCAGAUUGCCCUUAUCCACUAUUAGGAAGAGACCUCCUCACUAAAUUAAAGGCUCAAAUUCACUUUGAAGAUAGAGGGGCUAACAUAAUGGGCCCCAAAGGGGCCCCCCUCCAGAUUCUCACACUGCAUCUGGAAGAUGAAUAUAGACUUUAUGAAACUCAAAGACCCCAGGGACCUGACAUGACUCCUUGGCUUGAUAAAUUCCCACUGGCAUGGGCCGAGACUGGGGGAAUGCGAUUAGCGCUGCGACAGCCUCCGCUCAUAAUACAACUAAAGGCUACAGCUGCCCCCGUCUCCAUUAAGCAAUACCCCAUGUCUUAUGAGGCAUAUCAGGGAAUAAAACCUCAUAUAAGGAGGCUGCUGGACCAGGGCAUCCUCACCCCCUGUCGCUCAACCUGGAAUACUCCCCUACUGCCGGUAAAGAAACCUGGUACUGGGGAUUAUCGGCCAGUGCAGGAUUUAAGAGAGGUCAACAAGAGGGUAGAAGACAUAUACCCUACGGUCCCCAACCCUUAUACUCUACUGAGCACACUGCCACCUUCCCACACUUGGUACACUGUAUUUGAUUUAAAGGAUGCUUUCUUCUGCCUACAGCUGCAUCCUGUGAGUCAAUCUCUGUUUGCCUUUGAAUGGAAGGAACCAGAUCUUGGGCUCUCAGGCCAAUUAACUUGGACCAGGCUUCCCCAAGGGUUCAAGAACAGCCCAACCCUCUUUGACGAGGCUUUGCAUCAAGAUCUGGCAGAUUUCAGGGUGCAGCACCCUGCCCUGUUACUGCUCCAAUGUCUGAUGCUGGCGGCAGAAUCAGAACAGGAGUGCAGGGAGGGCACAGAAGCCCUCUUGCAGACACUAGGACAAUUAGGAUAUCAGGCAUCCACAAAGAAGGCCCAAAUAUGCCAAAAAGAGGUCAUCUACCUAGGCUAUCAAUUAAGGGAUGGACAGAGAUGGCUGACUGAGGCACGUAAACAGACUAUUACUGACAUCCCUGCCCCUAAAAAUCCCCGCCAGCUGCGGGAGUUUCUGGGGACUGCAGGGUUCUGCCGCCUCUGGAUUCCAGGGUUUGCGGAGAUGGCUGCACCCCUAUACCCUCUCACCAAACAAGGGACUCUGUUUAAUUGGGGAGAGGAACAACAGAAGGCAUUCCAGGAUAUUACAAAGGCCUUGCUGGCCUCCCCAGCGUUGGGCCUCCCUGAUACCACCAAACCCUUCGAAUUGUUUGUGGACAAAUGGCAGGGCUAUGCUAAAGGAGUACUCACUCAGAGACUGGGCCCCUGGAAGCGUCCAAUAGCUUACUUAUCCAAGAAACUUGAUCCAGUAGCGUCGGGCUGGCCACCCUGCUUGCGAAUGAUAGAAGCCAUUGCAGUCCUUGUCAAGGAUGCCGGCAAAUUAACUCUGGGUCAGCCUUUAACUAUCCUAGCACCCCAUGCAGUAGAAGCCUUGAUUAGACAACCUCCAGACUGCUGGCUCUCCAACGCCUGCAUGACUCAUUACCAGGCCAUGCUCCUGGAUGCGGACCGAGUCCAAUUCAGUCCAGUGGUUGCACUUAACCCCGCCACUCUGCUCCCCCUGCUGGGAAAGCCAGAACUGCAUGACUGUCUCCAGAUCCUUGCAGAAAUGCACGGGACCAGACCGGACCUGAGGGAUCAACCCCUCCGAGAUGUAGACUACACCUGGUACAGGGAUGGCAGCAGCAUCCUGGUGAGCGGGGAGCGGAAGGCGGGAGCAGCCAUGACCACAGAGACGGAGGUAGUCUGGGCAAAAGCCUUUCCGGCAGGCACCUCAGCCCAGAGAGCUGAGCUCAUCGCACUAACCCAGGCCCUUCAGAUGGCAGAAGGUAAGAGACUGAACGUCUAUAAAGAUAGCCGAUACACCUUUGCCACUGCCCACAUACAUGGGGAAAUUUACCGGAGGCGAGGACUAUUAACUUCAGAAGGAAAAGAAAUUAAAAACAAGGCUGAGAUCCUGGCACUGCUAAAAGCCUUGUUUCUGCCUCAGAAAUUGAGCAUUAUGCAUUGCCCUGGCCAUCAAAGAGGCAAUAGCCCGGAGGCAAAAGGGAACCGACUAGCAGACACAGUUGCAAGGGAGGCUGCUCUAAACUCCCUCAGCACCACCCGAGCCCUUCCUUUGACGUGCCCAGGGGAGAAUCAUUAUGACCCCAAAAAGGGACAUUGGAUUUUCAAAGGAACAAUCGUUAGACCCAUGAGACAAACCUACGAACUGAUAGACUGUUUACAUAAACUAACCCAUCUGAGCCCCAAAAAGAUGAAGACUCUCCUAGAAUGCCAGGAGAUGUGACAAUACCUCCUAAAUAGAGACGGGGCCAUACAAAAAGUAACUGAUGAAUGCAAAGCCUGCGCCCAGGUAAAUGCAGGCAGGACUAAGCUCGAACCAGGGAUCCGAGUUCGAGGACACCGUCCCGGUACCCAUUGGGAAAUCGAUUUCACAGAGGUAAAGCCUGGAUUAUAUGGAUACAGAUACCUACUGGUGUUCAUAGACACCUUCUCUGGAUGGGUAGAAGCUUUCCCCACAAAACAUGAAAUGGCAAAGACCGUGACCAAGAAACUCUUGGAAGAAAUCUUCCCCAGGUAUGGGAUGCCCCAGAUCCUGGGUACUGACAAUGGGCCCACCUUCGUCUCCCAGGUAAGUCAGUUGGUGGCUAAGCUUUUGGGCAUUGAUUGGAAAUUACAUUGUGCAUACAGACACCAAAGUUCAGGACAGGUAGAGUGCAUGAAUAGAACAAUUAAGGAGACUUUGUCUAAAUUAACGCUUGCAACUGUCUCUAGAGACUGGGUGCUCCUCCUGCCUUUAGCCUUAUACAGGGCCCAAAACACGCCGGGCCCACAUGGACUCACCCCAUUUGAAAUAUUAUAUGGGGCCCCGCCCCCAUUUAUGAAUUUCUUGGAUUCCAACAUUGCUGAUUUUGCUAAUAGUCAUUCUCUGGAAGCUCAUUUGCAGGCAUUACAGAUUGUCCAGAGAGAAGUCUGGAAACCACUUGCAGCAGCCUAUCGGGAGCAGCUAGAUAAGCCGGUGGUACCACACUCCUACCAGAUAGGAGACACUGUAUGGGUACACAGACACCAGACUAAGAACCUGGAACCCCGGUGGAAAGGACCAUACACUGUCCUCUUGACUACCCUGACGGCACUAAAGGUUGACGCCAUCGCAGCCUGAAUCCACACUUCCCACGUCAAGGCCGACCACACCACGGGAGAGAAGAACCUGACCACGACCUCACCAUGA